AUGAAUACGUCUUGUUUGGCAAGAUGCCUGAAAGGGUUUGGAUGCACGUCUGUUGUCCAAAAUAGCAGCCGUUCUGUGCAUCGUAUUCCGCAUUAUGAAAAUCACAUCAGAUUCAGCCCUUUGGAUGGUCGUAAGAGGCCGGCUCAGGAUGCUCUCGACCGCUUCAAACGUCUAAACAACGGUAAGUUGGUUGUCCGAGUGUGGAGGUGGGUAUUUUGUUUUAGUGUUGUAAAUAGUACUUUUUAGGUAUGUGGAUCAGAGCAUUGCCCGGUCGGAGUAAACAACGUUACAUGAAAGACGAAACUUGGAACAAAAUCUCAUUGGAGUACGAAACUUGUACGAAGGAGGAGUGCGAGAUGCUGGACAAAAUGGCAACGCCUUUUUGGUUAAGAAAAAAACAUUAUGUCAACGAUCCAUAUGAGCCUUACAAUGUACGACAUGGAAUUCGAACUCCUCGAGUCGAUCACAAGUUUAGACUUAUUCGGGAACGGGAGAAGGUGCUCCUCGAUGACACAACUGCUUUAAAAUACAUGUCAGAUCGUUGA